AUGGCCUCCGCCUCCAGGACCUCCUCUUCCAGAAACCUCCUCCUUCAGGGACUCCUCCUCCAGGAUCACCUCCUCCAGAGCCUCCUCAUCCAGGGCCUCCUCCUCCUGGAAAUCCGCCUGCUGGCCCUCCUCCGACCUCCUCCUCCAGGGCCUCCUCCUCCAGGGCGUCCUCCUCCCAGACAUCCUCCUCCCAGACCUCCUCCUCCAGGGCCUCCUCCGGGACCUCCUCCAGGACCUCCUCCGCCUCCUCCUCCAAGACCUCCUCCUGCAAGACCUCCUCCUCCAGGGCCUCCUCCUCCAGGGCGUCCUCCUCCCGGACAUCCUCCUCCCAGACCUCCUCCUCCAGUGCCUCCUUCGGGACCUCCUCCAGGACCUCCUCCUCCAGGACCUCCUCCUGCAAGACCUCCUCCUCCUCCAGGGCCUCCUCCUCCAGGGCCUCCUCCUGCAAGACCUCCUCCUCCUCCAGGGCCUCCUCCUCCAGGGCCUCCUCCUGCAAGACCUCCUCCUCCUCCAGGGCCUCCUCCUCCAGGGCCUCCUCCAGAGCCUCAUCUUCCAGAGCCUCCUCCUCCAGGGCCUCCUCCAGGGCCUCCUCCUCCAAGACCUCCUCCUCCGCCUCCUCCAGGACCUCCUCCUCCAGGACUUCCUCCUCCUGGACCUCCUCCUCCAGGGCCUCCUCCUGCAAGGCUUCCUCCUCCAGGUCCUCCUCCCUGGCCUUCCCCUCCAGAACCUCCUCCAGGAUCUCCUCCUCCCUGGCCUCCUCCUCCAGAACCUCCUCCAGGAUCUCCUCUUUUUGGGCCUCCUCCUCCAGGGCCCCCUCCUCCAGGUCUUCCUUCAGAGUCUCCUCCUCCAGGGCCUCCUCCUCCAGGGCCUCCUCCAGGGCCUCCUCCUCCAGAGCCUCCUCAUCCAGGGCCUCCUCCUCCAGAGCCGCCUCCUCCAGAACCUCCUCCUCCAGCGCCUCUUCCUCCAGGUCCUCCUCCUCCAGGGCCUCCUCCUCCAGUGCCUCCUCCUCCAACGCCUCCGCCUCCAGGGCCUCCUCCUCCAGAACCUCCUCCUCCAGAGCCUCCUCCUCCAGGGCCUCCUCUUCCUGGACCUCCUCAUACAGGGCCUCCUCCUCCAUGGCCUUCUCCUCCAGGACCUCCUCCUCCAGAGCCUCCACCUCCAGGGCCUCCUCCUCCAGGGGGUCCUCCUCUUCCAGGAUCUCCUCCAGGGCCUCCUCCUGGGCCUCCUCCUCCAGAAACCUCCUCCUUCAGGGACUCCUCCUCUAGGAUCACCUCCUCCAGAGCCUCCUCCUCCAGGGCCUUCUCCCCCUGGACAUCCUCCUACAGGCCUCCUCCAGGGUCUCCUCCUCCAGGGCCUCCUCCUCCAGAGCCUCAUCCUCCAGGAGCUGCUCCUCCACGUGCUCCUCCUCCAUGA